AUGACGGACCUUCUCGACCAACUCGUGGUGAAGAUACAUCGCGCUCGGUCAUGGCUGUCAGAUCCUUUGGUGUUCACGCAAGCAGCUGUGAUCGGGUUCACCGUCUUCGUUUUUCUCCUAUGUCUCUACAAUUACUUCCUGCAUCCGAUUGCACACAUCAAAGGUCCUUUCCUCGCCGCCGUGUCGCCGGUGAGUCUAUCCAGCUAUUCGGCCUUGAGAGACAUCCACAACCCCGGCCCGGAUGGCCACCAUUAUACUAAGAGGGGCACCUCUGAAGAUUUGGUUCUACGAUUUGUUUUUGGUGCCAAGAACAUGCUCCUUGUCGAUGAGGGCGAGGCUCAUAAGAGGCUCAGAGUAGCACUUCAGCCAGCAUUCACGGCAAAGGCGAUGAGGGACCAGCAGGACAUCACCAAUCAUCAUGUGGAAAAGACUGUGGAGAGACUGUUGGAAGCUGCGAUGAACCCCUCACAGGCUAUCAGCCUUACGAAGGAGCUGAACAAGUUGGUAUGGGGCAAUGUGGGAAAUCUCGCUUUUGGAGAACCUGCGACACUGGAGCAACUCGAACAUCACGAGAAGGCCAAGGAUUUCCACGCAAAGAUCGCCCCGAUUUUUGAGUUUUUCCAAUACCUCAACGGGAACCCGAUUCUAGGGCGUAUGGCGAGGCUUUCGGUCGGAGUAUCCAGAAGGGUCUUCGGCCUGUCUGGCAACAUCCUGGGAAAGGACCAGCUCCGACGACGUAUGGCGUGUCAAGAAGGCCAAAAGAAUUUCCUCACUGCCGUCCUGGGGGCCAAGGAAUCGGCAGGUCUCAGCUUUGACGAGAUCCAUAGCAAUAUGCUGCUACUCUUAAUGGGUGGCUACGACAGCAGCGCCACGACUCUGUCUGCCAUAUUUUACCACCUUCUUCAGGAUCCGCAGCAAUACAAGAGACUCCAGUCUGAGCUGCACCGCGCUUACUCCUCAGUAAGUGAUAUCACCUGCAGUGGUCUCUUGUCACAGCGGAUGCUCAGCGCCUGUAUCAACGAGACCCUGCGUCUCGUGCCACCGUUGAAUGGCCACGGCAGCCACCGUAUCACCACGUCCGGGACCAUGAUCGACGGUGUCUGGGUCCCGGCCGGUACGUUGAUCAGUGCUGACUUCUAUUCUCUCCACCGCGAUCCCAGCUGCUGGGCCUUCCCGGACGAGUAUCGGCCUGAGCGCUGGCUCGAGGAGCAUCAUGGGCCGGGCACGCCGUUUGAGAAGGAUGUCAGGACUGCGUGGCGUCCUUUCUCACUUGGACCUCGUGUCUGCAUUGGUCGUGAGAUGGCGCUCCAGUCUAUUCGGCUGGCUGUUGCCAAGAUUCUGUACACAUGUGACAUGACACUGGUCAACCGUGACUUUGUGUGGGAUAGAGACGCAGGCAGUCAUUAUAUGUGGCAUGGCUUCGACAUUGUUGUCAAGGUUGCCAAGGCUUGA